AUGACGGUUCAGUUCGCACCGCUGCAACUUUUCGAUGGUCCCAUCAAGAUUGAAGACAAAAUUCUAGCUGUGAGACAGGGAACGAUCGUGGCUGAGGCCGACUUUGUGGUGCACGUCAUUGCGCCGGAGUCUGUCAGCGUAUCGCCCACCACACCUUCCACCACUACGGGUGUGACCACUGACACUGAGGUUCCGUUUAUCACGGGUACCUGGAUCACGACCCCCGAUACUGAAUCCUCCAUGGGAACGAGACCAAGCCCAUCUUCGACUACUGUAGAAAACACCUCGAGGAACAAGUACUUCCAUCAGUACAGGCAUAUUCGAAAGCACUCUGACGGCGUGGACGAAUGCCGCGACAGCUGCUACCGCAAAUCACUACGGAGGCGGAGCCAUCCACAAGUGCUAGCUCCUCCGCUGGUUACGGUAACUAUUCAGAGCACUCAUCCUCACUACACCACAGUCACAACUGAGACUAUUCCACCAACCCAGCCUUCUACCGGUAGUGCGGCUUUCUCAUUCUCAAGGCCAAUGUAUUUCGCCUUUGUACCUGAAGGCCAGUACUCCAAUGGGAUCCGCUUGUCGGUCAAACCAGAGGCGUUUUCUGUAAAUCGAAACACCACGGUACGAUACGAGAUUGAUGACAGUGCAGGACGCGUACCGUUCUUUGUCACCACGGAUGGACAACUCAUCAUCUUCGACGUAGACAGGGAAACGCGCUCGUCCUAUAUGUUCCCAAUAAAGGCCACUAGCCCCGAGUUCGGUACCGCUACUGCCAUGGUGAAUGUAACGAUUCUGGACGUCAACGACAACUAUCCAAUGUUCGACUCCGCCCCUUCGGCUAUUGGCGUUUUCAGUGACGUUGCAGUUGGGACACCGCUCUUGCACCUCAGCGCCCAAGAUCGGGAUGCUGAUAACUAUGGCACGGUCGUGUACGGUAUUGAAGAGCCUGAUACUCCGUUCGAAAUCGACCCCAAUGGUGAGUAUCUCCGGCUGAAAAGAUGA